UCGAAUAAUUUAAUUUGCUGUCUUUCUAAAUCGAUUUCCAAGCUUCUUUCAUUUUCGUGGACAGUUGGAAGCGUAUUUAUGAUAUGUUUUACCCUAGCUAGCCGAGUAUAGCAUCAAAAAGUGGGAUGGUUCGUGGCACAAUAGUAUAGUACAGUGGAAUAGUACUAACUUACGUCCAUCCUUUUCGGUGAUAGGUUACAUACAUACUUCAUUAUUAAUUAAGUCGGCCUUUAAGUUCCCCAACUACUAGCAUUAAAAGCCACCGCCUCUCACUAUCUCGCAAUCAAAGACCCUCAGCCACCCCUCGCCUCACCUCACUCUCCCAUCUAACCCCUUCUUUAAUGGAAACGGAAAACCCUACAACCCAACAUUGCCAAUGCUAGCAAGUGGACAACCAUUUGAUCUAAAUCCUGGACUCAUGAAUGCAUGGUGGCCAAAAUUAUUGUAUUUGAACGGUCAAAUCUUGGGAAUUGGGAUCACCAACAAAACAUAUAGGUAAGUAGGUAGCAUACAUAAAGUCCUUUCUUAAUUGUUAACUUGUUUCUAUACCGAUUCAAUUUACGUCGUAUGAGACAGGAAUCCGAGAGAAAUCAACGACCGAACGAGCAGAACUCGAUUCUACAGGUCCGAUACGAUGAAAGAACGCUAAAAAGGAGGAGAAAUUGAUUUUGAUUUUGAUCAUAAAGAAGGUGGGAAAAUGAAAGAAUUUAUAAAGUUAGUUUGUAAAAGAGUGAAGUUGUCCUAUGUAUUAAUUAAUUACAUUUGACUUACGAAAUCGGCUAACCGUCUGAGCUACUUCUAAUCUAAUUAAGACUUGAAAUGUGAAAACGAUGCGUCAAACAAAGCUGAUUGGUAUAUACACGACUGAGUACUCCUCUCAAUCUCUUGUCUACUGAUAUGUUCUCGAUUUUAUUUGCGAAUGAGGACGUAGCCUAACGACAACGCUGGUUGUAUGUGUGAUCCCCCAAAACUCGAGUUUGAUCCAUUGCGGAAGUGUGAGCUCUUUAAUAGCAGGUGAGUAUCUUAGCCUUGUGACGUCUAAGUUGUAGCACAUAAAAUUGUGAUCGUACUUCCUAUUGUCAAGAUAUAGCACACAAAGUAUGAUCCUAAUGACUAUAUCACUCAUAAGUGGUACUUUGUGUGCUAAUGGAACCCUCCAAGCAUAUCCGAAUGAAAAUCAAUUCAAUUCAAUUCAAGAUCAUAACCAUAACGGCCAAAGAAAAUGAAACCUUUCACCCUUGUAAAUCUCUUUAUUUUCACUACUAUCUUACACCAAUUUUCUUGAACGCUAACUCUCCCGACCGUACGUGUCCCGUCUUUUCCCCACCCUAGCUCACAAGUCACAUCCCGUCAUACAAUAACUCGGAACCCAACUCCCAUCCAAACUAGCACCAUAAAAACUACUUAUAUAGCUCACAAACCUAGCUGCCACCCGCUCUCCCCUUCGAUUUCCUCCCACAACAUACUUCUCUCACUUUGAUCACCGUAGAGAGAGAGAAACACACACACACUAAUCACAAAGAUGCAAACUUCCCCGCUGCUCUGCGUUUCCUUGACCGCCGUCCUGCUCUUCCUCGCCGCCUCCGGCGAUGGCGGCGCCCCUGACAACUUGGCGACGAAGUGCGCCAAGGACUUCCAGAGCGUGAUGACGUGCCUGGGUUUCGCGCAGGGGAAACAGAGCUCCCCUUCCAAAGAGUGCUGCGCCUCCACCAAGAACACCAAAGACAACGAGCCCGAGUGCCUCUGCUACAUCAUGCAGCUCACCCACAACGGCAGCGCCCAGUUCCGCAGCCUCGGAGUCCAGGAGAACAAGCUCAUCCAGCUCCCCACCGCCUGCCAGCUCCAGAACGCCAGCCUCGCCAACUGCCCUCGUCUCCUCGGCUUAGCACCGAACUCGCCCGACGCUGCCAUUUUCACAAACGUCUCGUCGGCGACCGGGACGCCGACCACAUCGACGCCGACCACAACGGCGACGCCGCUGCCGGGGUCGGGGGGAUUCCGCGGCGGAGCGUUCUUCACCGCUGGCUCUUUGGGGGUAGCUGUGGUGUUCCUCUACGGUUUGCUGGUCGGGACAGUUUGGGCUUAAUCCCUUCUGAAACAGAGCCACUCAAAUCAUCAUCAAUAUCAACUACGCGUUUAGUAGUUUCGGCUUUUUGUGUUCCAUCCAUGUUUGCUUCUCUGUCUUUUGUGGAGUUGGUUUUAGACCAAAGUUUGGUGGUGGUGGUGGUGAUGAUCUUGUCUUGUAUCUUGUUAUGUGCUCGAGUUAUUUGCUAUCCAGAGUAGUCUAGCUCUGCUUUGCGGUUUGGAAUGGAGGUCUGAAUUCAUGUGUGUGGUGUGGGUGCAUUAAUUAGUACACAAUGGGACCAAUGGGUUCAUUGACUGAAUGGUUUUUCACUUGCUACUUCAUUUUGGUCUCAACUUGUCACCUAAAGUUUGAACUACUCUGUAGACAACCCUUCACCUGCGUCUCCCUAACCUGAUUAGAUCUCGUGUAAGACACUUGAGAAUGCUUGGGAGGGGGUUAUGGUGAUUACUACAAAGUUACUAAGGGCAAAUUGGAUAUGGAAAAAUCAAUUGCAUUUUUUUUAACAAAAUAAAAUUUUGGCA